CACUCUCUCUCUCUCUCUCUCUUCACACAUUUACUCCUCUCUCGUUUCAAAGAAAACGAAACCCACGCUUCUCCUCCCUCCAUAAAAAUUCCCAACCCUUCCUAAUCGUGCGCACCCCCAAACCCCUAACCUCUAAUCCUACGCACCCGCCCUCCUUAUCCUGCGCCACAAUGCCGAACCCAUCGCCAACGCCAAUCUCACCGCCCCUGAAAGACGAUCUCGACAUCGUCAUCCCCACCAUCAGAAACCUCGACUUCCUGGAGAUGUGGCGCCCCUUCUUCCAGCCCUACCAUCUCAUCAUCGUCCAGGACGGCGAUCCUACUCGGACGAUCCAGGUCCCUGACGGGUUCGAUUACGAGCUUUACAACCGUAACGACGUGAAUCGGGUCCUCGGCCCUAAGGCCAGCUGCAUCUCCUUCAAGGACUCCGCCUGCCGCUGCUUCGGCUUCCUCGUCUCCAAGAAGAAGUACAUCUUCACCAUUGACGACGAUUGCUUCGUUGCCAAGGACCCAACUGGGAAAGAGAUCAAUGCAUUGGCACAACACAUCAAUAACCUUCUGACGCCAUCAACGCCUUUCUUCUUCAACACCCUCUAUGACCCGUACCGAGAGGGCGCUGACUUCGUCCGGGGAUAUCCGUUUAGUUAUAGGGAAGGAGUUCCUACGGCCAUCUCUCAUGGCCUCUGGCUCAAUAUCCCUGACUACGAUGCGCCAACGCAGCUUGUCAAGCCGCUCGAACGCAACACCAGGUAUGUGGAUGCUGUUCUGACAAUACCAAAGGGCACACUGUUUCCUAUGUGUGGAAUGAAUCUAGGGUUUAACCGGGAGCUCAUUGGCCCUGCCAUGUACUUUGGGCUGAUGGGUGAUGGACAACCCCUUGGCCGGUACGAUGACAUGUGGGCAGGAUGGUGUUCCAAGGUUAUUUGCGACCACCUCGGUUUGGGGGUGAAGACGGGCUUGCCAUACAUAUGGCACAGCAAGGCGAGCAACCCAUUUGUUAACUUGAAGAAGGAAUACAAGGGCAUUUAUUGGCAAGAGCAGCUCAUUCCCUUCUUCCAGUCCAUCAUUCUCCCAAAGGAAUGCACGACUGUGCAAAAAUGCUACCUGGAGCUCUCGAAGCUGGUGAAAGAGAAGUUGGGUGAUGUUGACCCCUACUUCCAUAAGCUUUCGGAGGCCAUGGUUACAUGGAUCGAAGCUUGGGACGAGCUCAACCAACCAAAGCCAGAACCAGUUUAGUAUGCUGCCUCUGCAAAACCCAAAUAGAGUAUUCCUUCUUUAGGUGUUAUAUGAAGAGCGUUUGUUUCUUUUUUGUUCUUUUUUCCCCUUCCAUUUCUUACUACCGUAUGUCAUUAAUUAGUAGUACACUUCAGUGACUUUCGUAGAAAUUUUGUUGGGUUUUGGGGUUCUUUAACAUCUGCUAUAUAUAGAUAGCGGUUGGUCUUUAUGAUUCUA